UCGAGAGAGAGAGCAAUGAGGAGUCCUUCUGCUCUUCCACUCCCUCCGGAAAUCGCUGCGUCUCUCGCGGCUCCCCGCGAGCCCUCCAACCAUCCAAGGCCGAGCCCCAACCCCAGCCACCGAUUCCCAUUCCAACCCCCCUCCUUGAUCUCCUUCGUCGCCCCUCCUCCCAUGGCCGCCGCCGCCACCGUCUACGCAUCCUCCCAUCUCCGGCGUGGACGAUGAGCGCCUUCGGCCCCGCCGUCUCCCGGCUUCUCCUCGCCUUUCGCCGGCCGCCUCUUCCAUUCCACCGCCCCCCGCUGCCCCCCGUCCCCGUCCGCUUCCACCGCCACAAACCAUGGCAGCCCCGGCGCAUCCUCGACCCCGGUGGCGACGUCGUCCUCAGGUGGAACCGCGUCUUCCUCAUCUCCUGCCUCAUCGCCCUCUUCAUUGAUCCCCUCUACUUCUACCUCCUCUACAUCGGCGGACCCAUCUGCGUCCAGAUCGACCCCUUCAUCCGCGGCAGCGUCACCAUCUUCCGCACCAUCGCCGACCUCUUCUACCUCGCCCAUCUCAUCCUCAAGUUCCGCAUCGCCUUCAUUGCCCCCAGCUCCCGCGUCUUCGGCCGCGGCGAGCUUGUUACCGACCCUGACCAGAUCGCCAUGCGCUACCUCAAGGGUGAUUUCAUCAUCGAUCUUGCCGCCACCCUCCCAAUCCCGCAGAUAUUAAUCUGGUUUGUGAUACCGGCAGUGAGCAGCUCAACAGCUAAUCACACUAACCAUACUCUUUCCUUGAUUGUCCUGCUCCAGUAUAUUCCAAGGUUGUUCCUCAUUUUCCCUUUGAAUGCGAGGAUCGUCAAGGCAACUGGAGUACUUGCAAAGACUGCAUGGACUGGAGCUGCAUAUAAUCUCCUUCUCUAUAUGCUAGCUAGUCAUGGAUUAGGAGCUUUAUGGUAUCUGUUAUCCAUUGAGCGUCAGUACACCUGUUGGAUAACUGAGUGUGGAAAAGAGAAUGGCACCAACAAUGCAGUGACAUGCAUUCCUAGUUUUUUGGACUGUAGCACUGUGGAUUUACCUGAACGAAAAGCCUGGCUUAACACCACCCUUGUGCGAGCUAAUUGUGAUGCCACUAGUGGCAAGACCGAGUUCAACUUUGGCAUCUUUGCAGGUGCCUUGACUAACGAUGUUGUCGCAGGGACCUUCCUUGACAAGUACCUGUAUUGUCUUUGGUGGGGUUUGAAAAACUUGAGUUCAUAUGGACAGGACUUGGCGACAAGCACUUAUGUAGGAGAAACGUCAUUUGCGAUCCUUAUAUGUAUUGUGGGUCUUGUUCUAUUUUCACAUCUAAUUGGAAACAUGCAGACCUACUUGCAAUCAAUUACUGUGAGACUCGAAGAAUGGAGAGUCAAACGAAGAGAUAUCGAGGAGUGGAUGAGGCAUCGCCAACUGCCACCAGAUUUGCAAGAAAGAGUUCAGCGGUUCGUUCAGUAUAAGUGGCUUGCCACUAGAGGUGUAGAUGAAGAAUCCAUUUUGCGUUCUUUACCUUUGGACAUUCGUCGAGAAAUUCAGCGUCACUUAUGUCUUGCCCUUGUUCGCCGUGUCCCAUUCUUCGCACAAAUGGACGAUCAACUAUUGGAUGCCAUAUGCGAACGCUUGGUCUCAUCCCUAAGCACCAAAGAUACCUAUAUUGUUCGGGAAGGUGACCCAGUCAACGAAAUGCUCUUCAUCAUCAGAGGCAACCUAGAAAGCUCCACCACUAAUGGUGGUAGGUCUGGAUUCUUCAACUCCAUAAACCUUAGACCAGGGGAUUUCUGUGGGGAGGAGUUACUGACAUGGGCCUUAAUGCCAAGCCCAAGUGUCAACCUGCCAUCAUCCACUAGAACUGUCCGGUCCCUCACUGAGGUUGAGGCAUUUGCUCUCCGAGCUGAAGAUCUAAAAUUCGUGGCCAACCAGUUCAAGCGUCUUCAUAGCAAGAAGCUUCAGCAUGCUUUCAGGUUCUACUCGCACCAAUGGAGGACUUGGGGAGCUUGCUUCAUACAAGCAGCAUGGAGACGGUACAAAAAGAGAAAACUGGCAAAGGAGCUGGCCACACAAGAAAGCCUCUACUACAUGCAAGUGAUGGAUGAUGAAGGGCCGGCCAGUGAGCAUGAGGGAGCUCCUCUGAUUGCGGAUGGUGGUGGAGGCUCAUUAGUGGAAACUGAUAACGGGAACAUGAAUCAACAUCUAGGUGCAACAAUAUUAGCUACAAAGUUUGCGAAGAACACAAAGAGAGGAGCAAAUGAGAAGAUCCAUCAGCAUAGACCUGUUGAAGUGGAGAUGCCAAAGCUCAUGAAGCCAGCGGAGCCUGAUUUCUCUCUGAGCAAUGAGGAUGAUAUUUGAAAGGUACAUCAUGUUGUGAUGUGAAAAGUGUCAGAGGAACUAGUUAGGAUUUUUUGUGUAAUUGUAGUAACACUCUCAAUGCUUGACUCUUAACAGUAGCAACUUUCAAGCUCUUGUACCUUUAUCAAGUCAACUGGCUGGCAUCUCUGCUGCAGGCUAGUCAAAGAGCUUGUAACUUGUUUAUUCUAGCAAUAGAUUUUGGGCAGGCUUCUGAUUUUAAGCAUCUCAGGAGAUCAAUCCACAUCUUGUAUUCCUU